GCGCCUCGCUCGGUUCACCCGCCUGCAUCCGUGGCUGCGCCUGCUCCGGGCCGCGCCGGGGCCAGCACGGCAGUACAGGGCCGAGGAGGUCGAGGCGGCGCCGGCGUUCCUGGAGGCGUUCGACGAGAUCCGCGCAGACGACGCGGAGUUCGACCACAUCCGCGCAGACGACGCGGAGGUCAUCGACGCGAUCGAGGCCGCGCUGCUGGACGACGUCGCCGAGCAGCCUGGCAUCAAGCGGUCCCGCCGCGAGUGGGCAGCUCACGCCAGGGCGGCGAAGAGCAAGAAGAUGACCGACAAGCUUCGUCGGGACAUCAAGGCGGAGGAUUUCAAGCUUGCGGCCAAGGCAGCGUUCAUGCCAAGCAAGGCGAAGGUGGCGAUUGGCGUCCAGCACCGUCGCCUCAUCGCCAUGGCGGCGCGCGUCACGAAGCAGAGGCAGGCCGUGGCAGUCGACAGUUUCUUGAACAAGAGCAAGGAAGAGCUGCGCUUUCCGAACCGCGCAGUUCACGUCGCUAUCGGGCACAUGUGGGACGAGGUGGAGGUGAAGCACAAGUGGAAGCCGUCGGCUAGAUACAGGACGUUCGAGCAGCAGGUCAAGAUGCCAGUUGUCGUCCAGCGGGCGACCUUCAACACGACCCUCUUCGACAUGGCGCGCAACAGGGCGGCGCAGUACCAAGAGUACUACUUGGCGCAGGCGGUGGAGAUCGACGGCACCAAAGCUAAGGACAUCUUGCCAGCUGUUAGACAGGGCCUUCCGGCAAAGUUCGAUGUGCUGGACGUCGAGAACUUCGCGAAGUCGGCCGACAACUACACGAGCUACACCUACAUGCCGUGCCCUGACAGGGCCAGCAGCAACAUCAACAUUAUCAAGAAGUUUGCGACUGUGAUCGACACUCAGAUUGUGCGCGAGGCGGGGCAUCACAUUUUGUUCUGGCCCGACACCUGCGGGAUUCACGCGCACCACCGGGGCAAAAUGAAGAUGAAGUCGCUUCGGCGGCACACCAUGAGGCAGUUCGCCAUCGUAUCGAUGAACAAAUACCGUGGUCGACUACAGCGCAACAUUUUAGGAAUCGAAGCCAUCGUGAAGCGCGAGCUGACGAGGGAGAUCGGGCCGCCACCACCUUGGGCCCACUCUAUGACAGCAGUUGUGGACCUGCUUUUCAACGCGGAGGACGAGUACCACCGCCAUCAGGGCAACGAAUCGCAGAUGCUCAGGGACCUCAGGGAGCUUUGCAAAGUUGCGAACGGCAGUUUGAGCAAUGAUAAGUUUAUUCAUCAUUGUUGGGAUUUCGAGACGUCCAGGCCGUGCUGCCGAUCGCUGGACGAGUCUAUUGACAAAGUGGACCAAUACCUUAUCAACAUCAAAAGGACAUUGCUUCGCAGGCUCUAUCACAAGAUCGGCCUGGACUGCUUCACUGGCACGUUGUACGCUUCCGACUGGGACACGUCAAACCCACCUGAUGUGAGCAUUGGCGACGAGGCACUUGAUGAUUACAUGAAGCACGUGUUUCGGGCACGUGCGAAAAAGGUGAAAGAAUACUAUGAGUCAGAGGAGAUGAUGCGUGAGCUGGUGGUCUUCAUGGCGAUCCUCGAGGCUGCAGAUGCUCGCCUCCUGUACCCUAUGCUGGGAGAUGCCAUUCGUGACGACGGUGACCGCAGCAAGCUCGACAUGCUCCUCGACACAGACUCGUUGAUAGGCCAAUUCACCGAGGACAUGCUCGGCUUGCUCAACGUGUGGGACAACGGCGACGCCUCAAGGCGUCCGUGGAUGCUGCUGGACAUCAUGAAAGUGCCCAUGCAAUGCCAGAUAUUCUCACGAUGGGCUCGCAGUCAAAUUUUGAGGUUGAGCUCGGUCAUGAGUCGUCGCUACGAGGUUCGGUUUUCUGCACUGCCGUAUUCGAUGUAUCCUUUAUCUAGCCCUCGAGCGUCGGUAGCUGCGAAGCGAGCCACGGCCGAGAGGACACGUGCACUUGCUGAGCAUGGUGAGAUGCUAGACUGCUACACCAGAGGCAUUCUCAGGCUUUUCCCCACGGUGAACGACAUGCUCUCGCUAAAAUGCCAGAUGGUUUUGAACAGCGACUUCCGCGCGCACUGCUACGGCUCCGACCAGGUGGAGAGGCUCAACAGCGAGUACACCGCUCGCCACCAUGUGCGAGCACCUGGAGUUAAGGACAAGGAGUCUCUGCAAGAAGUUGACGUGUUAUGUUCACCUUUACUUGCGUGUAUUGAGCGUCCGCAGUUGCAGGACGCCGACGCGAUCGCGGAGGCGGCCCCUGGGACACCGGUGGCAAUGGAGAUUGACGACGCUCCUCGUGGCUUGAACCCCUACUUGCUCGAGAAGAACACGUACAUGAGGGACGCCAAGAAGGCCAAGGGGUCGAACUUGACCCCAGCAGAGGUCGAUGCAUACACAAAGGAGUUCAAGUUGAUGUGGGCGAACAGGGAUGCAGAUACCUACCGAGAAGCUUAUCAGCUUUGGAGGCAAAAUCACGAAGGGGAUGAUCAACAACAACCUGGCGAGACUGACAUUCCGAAGUACGAGCAGAUCUGGGGCGGCGGUGAGCCUUCCACGCCGUUGACAGCGCAGGAGAUGCACGGCUACGUCAGCGAGCACGGUUGGCCGUCCGACGCGGAGGUUCAGGACAGGGACAUGAGCGAGAGGAGGAUCGCAAGCGACGCGACGGUCACUUUCGACUCGGACGAGGUCGCCAACGCGGAUCCCUGGGGCACUGGGAGAAGCGCACGGAACAUCCCGAGGGCGUGGGCCAGGGUACCCCAGGCGAUGGACAUCAUCGAGAAGGGCAUCUUCAACUGGUUCCUCUCCCUCGGCGCCGAGAGAGCAGAUGCGUCCGACAUCAUGCUGGUUGCCGAGGGACCGCUGGCAGAUGGUGGUGGAUUCCAGCGCAAGGUCGCCAUCGUCAGCGACGUCACCUACAACCCGCGCGUCUUCGACGUGGUCGCGAACAGCUUCGUGCAGGAGGACCUCGCCACUAGCGAGGCGCUCGUUCUACCAGCCAUCGUGAGCAUCGACGCUCGCGCGAAUAGAGUCAGUGGCCAAUAUCAGGCACUUGACUCCAUGACCUCAGACGAGUGGAUCUGGGGCAUAAUCGAACAGCUAGGGGAGCACGACAUCGACCUUGCCGACACCGAUUGUGCAUCCUCGAUCCAGUCCGUGGAGGAGAUGGAGGCAGCGUACGACGAGAAAAUACCACCAGCUCUCGUUGAGUCCGAGCUUCCAGAGCCAGCCGUAGACCCUAGGGAUCGCCCUGCACUGGAACCGCCUGAGGAGCCGCGUGAAGACGCAGCUGACCUUCACGGUGAAGCAGUUGCGUUCGUCGCCGACGCUGUUGGCGCCGCCGACCAUGAUGUAGGUGCUGCAGCCGCUCCUGCGGAGGAGCCCGAGCCUGCCAUUCCCGACGCCAUUCCCGAGGCACUUCCCGAGGCACUUCCCGACGUCAUUCCCGACGCCGUUCCCGACGCCGUUGCAGCUCCGCCAGCGCCAUGGGAAGCCCUUUCGGAGAUUUCGCCGAUGGGUUAUUUUUACAUCGGUGGCAGGCGCCAGCUGCGCAUUGAGAGAGGUAAGCCAGCGCCUGGCUCGAUUUACAUACACUGCUACAGGCAUCGUGGCAAGUGCUCGUUGCUCGUGACAGAGCACUCGUGCGGCACGGACCUGGAUAUAUGCAAGUGGCUGUUCGACGUUCCAGAAACGCCUGCUGGCGCCACGAACGAGGAGGCGAAGACAUUGGUCAACCGCCAUUUAAACCUCGGGCGCCGCGCCGCCGACGGCGACCGCUUGGUGGACUCCGCGGCCGCGCUCGUUCACCCUCGGUCAGGGAUGUGGCCCGCGCUACGCGAGGUCGCAGAACGACUCCAGAUCUUCGACAUCCACGGGCUGCCGGAUCCAGGUGGCGAUGGUCCACGGCGCGGGUGGCGCGCGCGCACGGUGAAGAGUAAAGAGACGGCGCGUGCGCGCGUCAUGGUCAUAGGUGGGCGGGCGGGCGGCAGCGGUGGCGGGGCGGCUGCGGCGGGGGCGGGGAGUGGCUCCGCAUGGGUGGAGUAUGUGCACAGGAGUGCGCUGGCGCGCGCGGCUUCAUUCCCGAGGCUCGGCCCCGCGUCUCCGAAGCGCGCGAGGCCAUGGAGCCGUGGAGCCCAGGCCGCGCGGCCAGGCGCGGGCCUUGCGGGCCUUGCGCGGGCCCCGCUUUCCAGCGAGGCAGCGGCCUGGGUUGCGCUGGUCGCGGAUGCGGCUGGGCGCCAGCUCGGCGCUGUGAACCCUGACAAGAGGUCACCAGCGCCUAUCCAGCAGAUGAUCAUUCUGAAUCAUUCUGCAGGAGGCGCUCGGCUGACUGACGCAACCAGCCUUGCGGGCCACGGGGCUCAGGAGACCAAGGAGGCCCUGGCGAGCACAGAUCUCGCCGCGCUCUACCGCGGCACGGUCGCCGCGAUUGAAUCGCUCUCGAGGCUGCUGGGCCUCGACGCCGAAGGCCAAGCUGGAUGGGGCGCCAUCGCGGAUGGCUGCCCCGACGCGGCCAGCCAAGCCGUCGGCGUGAAUGAGCCCAUCUGCGUCAACCUACCGAAUGAUAAGUCGAAGCCAGUUAGCAGUGGGGCCGCGUUCGGCUCGGACAAAGCACCUUGUCCUCCGAAGCGUUCGGUGCGCAGCUGCAAGUUGCAACCUGCUUCCGUCUGCAAGGCAGUUGCCAUGCUGGGCGUUCGGGGAGCUUGCGGGGCCGCCUACACUGGCAUUCGCAGUGGCCGCAUCGCUGGCGCUGAAAGACAGCGCGCCGCAAUCGGACAUCGCGCCGGCUCCGCGACCAGAGAGGGCGCGCCGCGCGCAAGCCUUCCCGAGGCGACAGUCGCUAGAGCGAGCAGCAGGUCAGCACCUGCUGGAGCUCGCCCUUUUCUUCACGGCCACCACCACGACUACAUGGUCAGCAGCAGCAGGCAGGACGAAGUAAACACGCAGAUCAUGAACGAAGCUAUGACUAUGAACAGCGGUGGCGACGACAUCCUGCUUGCUUCACUCGACUCGUGCUUCGAGGUCGAGGACUCGCCGCCGUCUUCGUCAGCCACCAGGUGGCGGCUCGGCGUGUUGGAGCCCUCAGCCGCAUCAGCAUCGGCAGCAAUGGCACCAGGGUCGACGGAAGUCAAGAGCCAGGCGGACAAUGACAACUACAACACCGCAGGCGGCAGCCUGGACCGUGUUGACACGCCGAAGAAGGAUGAGGAGAAUGGUACUUCGGGAGGCGCCGCGGCGGCCGCAGCAGCCACCAGUACCGGUGCAGACGCUUCGGAGCCAAGAAACGUGUUCGCCGAGAAAGCGGUCGAUCUCGGGAUCCGCUUGGGCGCCAUGUACACGCACACAAACUACGCUCCACCGGUUGUCCCUCGGUCUCGGGUGAUGACGGACGCAGUCGGGACUGGAGCUGAUGACCGCGAGCUUCUCGAUGUGGAUCCUGAUGCACCCCAUUCGGGAGAAAUCAACAUCGAGGGCCAGGAACUCCACGAGAUGAACUACGCGGAACCGCUGCCGUCUGGAAGUUGCUUCGCAAGUUUGCACAAGAUCCGCCAGACAAUCAGCUCCUACGCGGACAAAGUAUCAGAGCCAAACUGGUUUGCGACAUUCAAGUUGGCCACGGUCCAAGCGCUGAGGCGCAGGCUGGUCCAGCACCGUGACAGCAUCAUGGGGAAGGCCAGCUUCGAGGUCCAGCUGACCUUCCUGCAGUUGGAGGCCAGAGUGGACGCCCUGGUGACGCUGUACGCUGCCAUGAAGAAGUGGCUCGAGAGCCAUGCUGACGCCACGCUGACGGCGACGCUCAAGCCUUUCUCGACGCUUCUGAGCCACCUCAUCGUGAGGGAGCUCCCUCUUGCUCGUGACCUGACUGUCACCCUCUCGUACGGUCUCUUCCAGGGCAUGCUAGAGAAGAAGAUGUCAGUCUCGAAUGCCAUCGCGAACUUCGACGUGCAGAUCUUCGAUAUCAUGGAGGAGCUGCGUGGCGAGGGCGGCGAGGCUGCAGCUGCAGGAGCAAUCGACGAAGCUGCUGCUCCCGCUGAUGCCAAUGUCAAGGAGGAGAUGGAGGAGGGUGACGAUGGCACGCAACCUACAGGACCUGCAGCCAAGAAAGCACGCCACAGGCGGACAAAACAGAGCGACUUGACCAGCAAAGCUGGGGACGCGUCGUCUGCGCACUACUUCACGACCAUGGUCUCGGAAGGCUUCCGCACGUACGUCAAAUCGCAGCCGAACACCGUUCACGGCGAGGUGGGAUUGUUUCGCAGUUUCUUGGAGGACGUGUGCAGCAUGUCUGUCGAGUUCGAGAAGAAGCGGAUCGACCUUGAGCGCGUUGACCUCGAUGCGAUUUCCAGCUACGCUGAGGUUAGGCUGCACGUCUUGGCGAGCGUAGGCGAUGAAACAGCCACGUCCGCGCUGAUGACUGCGAACGACCAGUUCGAGUCCUACUUUGCCGACCUCUUCGAUCACGGGAAGGGCGAGGAGUGGAUCAUCAUCAUGACGGAGUGCACUGAUGAGCGGUACACCGCGCUCCAGGAGUACUUCGAGAAAUUGAGCCCCUUCUUUGGGCCAGCCCUCGGAGCCGUCGAGAAGUGGUCCACCUCAGGCUUGCAGGUCAACGCGUCCUACCUGGCAGAUGCUCUGAACAAUGUCUGCUUGAUCCUCGACAUCGGCAAGUACAUGCUCGUGCACGCUUACAAGGCUCACGUCGGCGAUGAGCUUGAGAAGGUGGCAUCCAUCCUGCACGGCAUCAUUGCAGAGAAGGCGGGCAAGGACAAGGCCAUCGAGGGCAAGGACAAGCAGGAUAAGCAGAAUGAGGGCGAUGCUUCUGCAGAGGGUGGCCCAGCACAUUCCGAAGCUGUGGAGCUGGAGAAGUGCGAGGAAAGCGUGGACGGCAUGGAGUCUGUCAGGCUUCCUGAGCUACCGGUGAAGUCCAGCCUGGAGAAAUUUCAGGACAAGCUCACUGACACCAUGAGUCAGAUGAAGCUCUUCGGCGGCCAGCUGGACGACUUCUACAGCAGGUUGCAGGCGGUAUUGCACAAGUUGCUUCAGCGUGGUGAGUCUCAUGUGCCUGACGGCAGCAUCGCGAAGGACCACCUCGACAGUCACAACUUCAUCAGGGGCCUCGGCCACGCCCACGCUCUACUCCAGGACGUGACGAAGUACGUCUCGCUCGCCGUGUCUCUCGGGCGUGAGUUACUCGAUGAUCAGGAGGACGCCAAGAGGUUCGCGGACACUAUCAUCUCAUUCGCAGCCGUGGUUCGUCAUCUCGAGGGCGAGCAGUUCGCCUUCGAUGUGAACAGCAACGUGACGAAGAUGAACAUCGUGACCGAGCUGAUCGGUCAGUUCAGGCAGUUCUCGGACACUGCAGGACAGCUGAUCUACAUGGGCUGCGCCAAAGAGUUCGUCGCGAAGAAGAUUGCGCAGAUCGAGCCCGUGCCAUCGUUCACUGUCGCCAGUAUUCGGGAUUCCUUGGUCCAAGAGCUUGCUGACUACAAGACGCUGCCCCGCUUGGUGCUGGAUGGACCGCCCUUUCAGGAGUUGGCGAUCGAUAUUGAUUUCCAGGACGGCGCCGAGAAGGACCAGCUGUCGAUCGACGGCAGGCUUCACUCCAUUGCCUUGCGGGAGCUGGCAAGCUUCAUCGAGGCGAGCGGCAUGAAGAGCAUCGAGCUUCCGAAUGUGGUGAAUGGGCAAGACACUAAGAUGCCAGUGCCCAUUGCUUUGAGCCACCUGCAGCUGGCAGUCGUCGUGAAGGACUUGGGGGCGACGGCAGCACUACUGCAUCAUAACCUCUUCGACGACGACGGCCAGAAGGAUCGUCCCAACAAGACGACGCUCUUCGGUCACUUCGUGUUCGUGCAGGCGAUAUUUCAGAGGAUGCUCAUUCGCAUGGACGAGAUGCUACUAUCGGACGAGAUUGCCGAGUUGGAGCGGUCUGGAUGGGUUGGUACUCUGGAUUUGGAGGUAUCCCAUGUGAGGCAGUGGUCUGCGGCGAUGUCGGUGUUCUCUGGCAAGUGCCAGGACAGGCUGCUCAACAUGAUGGCGGAGGUCUUGUCAGAAGACGCGGAGGUCUGCAAGACGAAGACGCCCGACAUGAACGCGUGCUUUGACAGCUCGAGCGGCAAGCUCAACGAGAAGAUCGCGGAGAAGGUCCUGCUGAAGAGCUACUCGGAGGUAGCGACGGCGUACAACGCCAUCCACGGCGACAUCAGCCUCAUGACGAGGGCGCAGAAGCUGCUCUUGCUGAGCCCCGACGUGUCCAAGCACGACGUCACGAGUGCGAGCGUCGCCAUCGGGAUUUCUACCAUGGCGAGCCAGGUCAUUGUGCUGAUCAAGGCCGUCAAGAACCUGGAUUCGUGGCGGACCAGCCCGAACGGCCCGAUGCUGGCCAAGCAGUUCUUGACGGCCAACAACGUCGAGAAGAACAAGGACGUGCCGGUGGGCCUGUGGCAGGAGGUCGCGAGCCUUCCUGCACAUAGUGCGGCCGCCUCGAGCGCGUGCAGCACGCCCCAGGCGAAGGCCUCAGGCGCUGUCAGCGAGCGCUCGGCCUCGGGAUCGCUGUCGGCGCCCAGCACUGGCGAGAAGGCCAGCGCGGGCGACAAGGCCGGCAGCCCAGCAGCGCCCGAGGCCAAGCGCGAGAUCGAGUCAGAUGGUGGCAGCAGGCCUUCCAUCAAGCGCGCGAGCACAGGGCGUGCCAGCCAGGGCCUCGCGAUGCUGCGCACCCUCGCCUGCC